GUCUUUCCUCCUCCUCCUUCUCCUCCUCCGGGCUGUGCCCCUCCCCAUUCCGAAAUCAGUACGGCUUGGGCUGCAGUCUGACCGGAACGGGGACGGAGCCAAGAUGGCGGCGGCCGACGGCGACGACUCCCUCUACCCCAUCGCGGUGCUUAUAGACGAGCUCCGCAACGAGGAUGUUCAGCUUCGCCUCAAUAGUAUCAAGAAGCUGUCCACCAUCGCCUUGGCCCUCGGCGUGGAAAGGACCCGCAGUGAGCUUCUGCCCUUCCUUACAGACACCAUCUAUGACGAAGAUGAGGUCCUCUUGGCCCUGGCGGAGCAGCUGGGAACCUUCACCACCCUGGUGGGAGGCCCCGAGUACGUGCACUGCCUGCUGCCACCCCUGGAGUCGCUGGCCACGGUGGAGGAGACAGUGGUGCGGGACAAAGCUGUGGAGUCCUUGCGGGCCAUCUCACAUGAGCAUUCGCCUUCUGACCUGGAGGCCCACUUCGUGCCACUGGUGAAGCGGCUGGCGGGCGGCGACUGGUUCACCUCCCGCACCUCGGCCUGCGGCCUCUUCUCUGUCUGCUACCCCCGAGUAUCCAGUGCCGUGAAGGCAGAACUUCGGCAGUACUUCCGGAACCUGUGCUCAGAUGAUACCCCCAUGGUGCGGCGGGCCGCAGCCUCCAAGCUGGGGGAGUUCGCCAAGGUGCUGGAGCUGGACAAUGUCAAGAGUGAGAUCAUCCCCAUGUUCUCCAACCUGGCCUCUGACGAGCAGGACUCGGUGCGGCUGCUGGCAGUGGAGGCGUGCGUGAACAUCGCCCAGCUCCUGCCCCAGGAGGAUCUGGAGGCCCUGGUGAUGCCCACCCUGCGCCAGGCUGCUGAGGACAAGUCCUGGCGUGUCCGAUACAUGGUGGCCGACAAGUUCACAGAGCUCCAGAAAGCUGUGGGGCCUGAGAUCACCAAGACAGACCUGGUCCCUGCCUUCCAGAACCUGAUGAAAGACUGUGAGGCCGAGGUGAGGGCCGCAGCCUCCCACAAGGUCAAAGAAUUCUGUGAAAAUCUCUCAGCUGACUGUCGGGAGAAUGUGAUCAUGACCCAGAUCUUGCCCUGCAUCAAGGAGCUGGUGUCUGACGCCAACCAACACGUCAAAUCGGCUUUGGCCUCAGUCAUCAUGGGCCUCUCUCCCAUCCUGGGUAAAGACAACACCAUUGAGCACCUCCUGCCCCUCUUCCUGGCUCAGCUGAAGGAUGAGUGCCCAGAGGUGCGGCUGAACAUCAUCUCCAACCUGGACUGUGUAAAUGAGGUGAUUGGCAUCCGGCAGCUCUCCCAGUCCCUGCUCCCUGCCAUCGUGGAACUGGCUGAGGACGCCAAGUGGCGAGUGCGGCUGGCCAUCAUUGAGUAUAUGCCCCUGUUAGCUGGACAGCUGGGGGUGGAGUUUUUUGAUGAGAAACUCAACUCCUUGUGCAUGGCUUGGCUUGUGGAUCAUGUCUAUGCCAUCCGCGAGGCGGCCACCAGCAACCUGAAGAAGCUGGUGGAGAAGUUUGGGAAGGAGUGGGCCCACGCCACUAUCAUCCCCAAGGUCUUGGCCAUGUCUGGGGAUCCCAACUACCUGCACCGCAUGACUACACUCUUCUGCAUCAAUGUCUUGUCUGAGGUCUGUGGGCAGGACAUCACCACAAAGCACAUGCUGCCUACAGUCUUGCGUAUGGCUGGGGACCCUGUCGCCAACGUCCGCUUCAAUGUGGCCAAGUCCCUGCAGAAGAUAGGACCCAUCCUGGACAACAGCACACUGCAGAGUGAAGUCAAGCCCAUCCUAGAGAAGCUGACCCAGGAUCAGGAUGUGGACGUCAAGUACUUUGCCCAGGAGGCCCUGACUGGUCACCUGAAUUCUAACUGAUGCAGGGGCCAGUGAGUCCUGGACAGAGGAACAAGAGACUUAGUGGAUGGCGGUGCAUGUAAGGUUUCACAGUGGACAGCAGGGUGUGAUACUUCAGUGAAAUUUGACUCAACGGGGCGGAGGGGAAAUUGGUAUAUUGGGUGGCAGGGUGAUUUCACCAGCUCAGUCCUUACAUUAGUGAGUCCCUACUGUUUUUAAUAUAGGCCCAAUUGGGUCCUGGAGGAAUGAGGGUGAAUGAAACCCUGUUUUUCCCAUUAUUAGCUUAUUUUAUGUGAGUUUCAUAAGGGCAAGGCCUGCGGUUUAAGCUCAUUGUGGCCAUGCCCCUGGCCCAGCACAGAUGUACCUUUCCUAGGAUACAAAUAUUUGAAGGACUUAAGUGAGUGAAGAAUUCAUGAAAGUGGGAAGUGGGGGUUGGAGGGGCAAUAUAAUCACUUUCAGCAUGAUGUCGACUGUUCUAGCUUAGCAGGCAGCCUACCAGUAAUAAUUGAAGGAACAUUCAAAUGAAUGACCCGUGGUGUUUCAGUUAUAUUUUACUGCACAACAACCCACACCCAAAGCUUAGUGACUUCAAACAAUAAAAGAUACAUUCUUC